CAAAAACAAAACAAGUAUCAACUCAAAACAAAAUGAACCCAUCCAAUUCAAAACAAACCCAACAUCCUAUCAAAUUCCCAUUAUCAAAGAUUCACAGAUUACUCAGACCACUCAAAUCAUCCAUCAUCUCACUAAAACAAGAACUCAUUCAUCAACAUCAACAACAAGCAUCACAACCAAACCAUCACCAUAUCUAUCAUGAAUCAAAAUCAAUCAAACGAAAGACAAUAGAACAAUCAGAUUAUCAUCCUAAUCCAAAACAACAAUCAUUAAUCAUCAAAAAGAAUAUCAAACGAUUAUCAUCUAAAUCAACCACCACAACUACCAUCACUCCUUUCAAAUCUCAUCCAAGUUUAAUCAGUUCACCACUCUUUGAAUCAACAAAUACGAUCAACAAGAUCCCUAAGAAACCAUACUACGGUCCAAAGAGAUGUAUCAAAAGAUUACCAUUCACUCGUGGAAAGUCAUCAAGUUUUACUACGAAUUCUAAUUCGAUCAAGACCUCUAAUCAAAUCGAACAGAAACUUUCAAAAGUUUUAGCAGCUUAUAAAAACGUAUUAGAUUCGGUUACUUUGACAGAUUUAUUAGUGAUUUCGAAUGAGAGGAUUCCAUUGACAGUGAUUUGUGCUCAAGUUAUUGGAUUUCAACUUGAGUCUCUUUUGGUUAAUCAGUUUGGUUUGGAUGAGGAUGGGUAUGAUGAUGAUGAUGAUCAUCAGGAGGAAUCCAAUCAGAUUAGUUUGAUUGAAGAAGAAGAUUGGAAAACUAGUUUGAUGGAUGAAUGGUAUGAUGCGAUUCCAAUCAAUUAUAGAAAAUAUGCUUUAGCUCAACAUUCACUGAGUUUGAUUUUAAAUGAAUUGACACAUGAACGUUCAAGUUCAUGUAAUCUUUCAUACGAUUUACUUUACAAACUUCAUGAAUUACAUCGAACUUACGCGAGUUCCGAUUUGAUUUGUUCACAAGCUUCUAAAUUAUUAAAUGCAUUAUUUGAAUUACCUCAAAUUGAUUGGUAUGAAUUAUAUGAUGCAUCAUUUCAUCAAUUCGGAUUAAAGCAUGAGUUUUUAAACCAAUUUCAUCAAAGAACAAAAGAGACAAGUUUUUUAAAAGAUUGGUCGAAUUGGAAAUUUGGUUUGAUUGGGUUUAUUGAUAAAUCGAUACAUGAUUUUGGUUUGAUUGGGUUUCAAAAAUGGGUAAAAGAAAGAUCAAGAGUUUUGAAAGAGAAUUUGAUUAAACAAGAAGAAGUUUCAGUAGGAUUAAGAUCAGAUUUAAAUGAUUCGGAUUUUGAUCAUCAGUAUAAUUGUGAAUUGAUUGAAGAGUUUGAUGAAAAGACUGGAAUGGUUUUAGGGAAAUGGAUUGAUGGUUUGGUCAAGAAUUCGUUGCCUAAUUCGAUUCAUUCUAGAGUUUCGAGAGAUCAGUUGGAUGGCAUUUCAGAUUUGGUGUUUGAUGAGAUCCGAUUUGAUGGAUCAUAUUCCACUUCUCAAUCUGCUUCUACUUCUCGUGAUCCACUGAAUUCUACCAAUCUUAAUCCAUCUAAUCAACUUUUAAUCUUUAUUUCACUUUUAAUCGAAUCACAUCGGUUCACACUCUCGAAUCUAUCAAUCUUUAAAUUACCAUACACUACCAUUAACACCAGUUCAAGUACUUCGACUCCAUUAAAGCUUACUAAACAAGAACCCACUAAACUGAUCAAACUGUUAAACUUUAUUAAUCAUGAUCAUCAUCUGUUAUCUAAAGUUUCAAAACAUUUCUUAAGAUCACAUCAAUCAACGGAAUUAUUUUCGAUUCUAAGUCCAAAUGAAACGAUGAUCCGAGGAUUAAAUGAAUUAUUUGAAUUGAUGAUCAAUGGAUCGGAUGAUCGGAAAAGUUUGAUCGGAUUAGGAAAGCUUUGGAUCGAAUGUUUGUUGAAGACAGAUCCGAUUGGAUGGUGGAAUGGGAAAGAAGAUCAGGUUAGGUUUGUGAGAGAUUGGUUGGAUGAUUGGUACACUAGGUUUGAUGAGAUUGAUCGAAUGGAUGAGCAGGAUGAGGAUCAGGAUCAGAGGGAAAAACAGGUGGAUUGGACUUUGGAGACUUUGAGUCUUGGUGGCAAAAAGUUUAGGAAGAUUCGAGGGUUGAGCAAGCCGGCUGAGGAUCGGAUUCGGUUGGUUAGCUUACGUGGUCGAAGGGAUGUACGAGAGGAUGAGGAUGGGGAUGAGGAUGAGAUGAGGAUCGGUUCAAAGGGUUCGAGAGGUGUGUUGAAAGCGGUUCAAGAUGAUCAAGUUCAAGAAAUCGAUUUGGUAGAUGUUAAAUCAGAUGUGGAUGAAGGUUUUGGGGAUCAUGAAGAUUUGCAAACUGGUUUAUUGGAUGUUGGAUCAGAUGAAGGUGAAGGUGAAGAAAUGAUGAUGGAUUCGAAAUCGUCUGGAGUCAAAUUUGAAUCAAUACCAGAUCGAAACUCGGUGGAGAUUAAAUCAGAUGAAGAAGAAGAUGAUGAUGUUGAAUUGGAUGAAGAUGAAGAUGAAGAUGAAGAGUACGAAGAGGACAGAGGUUUGGUGGAUGUUAAAAUUGAUGAAGAAGAGGAAAAGAUUGAAUCGAGUUCGUUUGGAGGAUCAUUGAGAUCGAGUCAAAGGAAUGAAGGACGUCGAAAGAUUGGAUUCGCUAUUAAAUCUGAUGAUGAUGAAAUGAUCAUCCAUUCGAAAUCGUCUAGAAAAGGAACAUUGAAAUCAGGAAAAGAUCAUCAAAGACAUCAAAAUAGUUCAUUUGGUAACACGUCAGAUGAUGAGGAUGACGAAAUGAUCAUCAAAUCGAAAUCAUCUAGAGUUUCUUCGGGAUUGAGAAAAGAUCAUCAGAGUUAUCGAAGCAGUUCAAUGAAUAUGAAAUCUGAUGAGGAAAAUGAAGAAGAAGAAGAAGAAAUGGAAAAAGAUUCAAAGUUGUUUAGAACACCGUUAAGAUCGAUCCAAGAGACCCGUAUCAGUAGCUCAUCAAAAACGAAACUGUCUUCUUCUGCAUCUUCAUCAUCAGAAGAUGAGAUUUCAUUUAUAAAAGAAAGGUAUCAAACUGGAAGUUCAAAGCCACCAGAAAAUAAAAAGUUAAGAAUAUCAAAUCGGAUUGAAAGGAUUCCAAAGAUGAGAAAAGUUGAAAGUUUGAUCAAAGGUAAAGGGAAGAUUCGAUUGAUAAAAGAUGAAGAAGUUGAAGAAGUAGAUGAGUUGGAUUUUUUGAGUGAUAGGAAUAGAAGUUGUACGCCUUGGUGUAGGAAAUCUAGUAGGAUUGGAACACUUUAUGGUAGGAAAGGCAAUGGGAAUGGUACUGGUAGAGGGAGAGGCAAGGCAAAAGGGAAGGCAAAAGCUUGA